UCUGGCAACACUUGGUUGUCGUUUGCAGUCGUUAGCAGUCGUUUGCAGUUGUGUAGUGGCCGAUGUGAUGUGAUUGACACUUGUGCACACAGUGUGCGGUCCCUCUCGACGAAUUUCGAACGAAAGUAUAGAUAAACCAUUCACAUAUUCGAGUGUUGCUGGAGCAGCACUAUGCAUAAUAUCAACUCGGAGGGCCAGUACAUGAACACCGCAAACGGCGCCGGCAACAACACGGAGCGUGUCGCCAUCCUCGAUGCGGGCGCACAGUAUGGCAAAGUCAUAGACCGGCGGGUGCGCGAACUGAAUGUGGAGUCGGAGAUCCUGCCACUGGACACGCCGGCGUUCAACAUCCGCGAGGCUGGCUACCGUGCGAUCAUUAUCUCCGGCGGGCCCAAUUCGGUGUACGCCGAGGACGCACCGCGCUACGAUGCGGACAUCUUUCGAAUAGGCCUGCCUGUCCUAGGUAUCUGCUAUGGCAUGCAGAUGAUGAAUAAAGAGUUCGGUGGCUCCGUCAUCCGUAAGGAGAGCCGUGAGGACGGCCAGUAUGAUAUUGAAGUCGACACCAAGUGUCUCUUGUUUAAGUCAUUAGAUAAAGUGCAACAAGUACUCUUAACGCAUGGCGAUUCAAUCGAAAAAAUCGCCGACAACUUCAAGGCGAUAGCGCACAGCGCGUCAUUCUGCGCCGGCAUCGCAAAUGAAAAGCAGCAAUUGUACGGUGUUCAAUUUCAUCCGGAGGUGGACCUCACCGCGCACGGCAAGACCAUGCUGCGUAACUUCCUCUUCGACAUCGUUGGACUCACCGGCAACUACACGAUUCAGGGCCGUGAAACAGAGUGCAUUAAACUCAUCCAGGAGACGGUCGGCAACAACAAGGUGCUGGUGCUGGUGAGCGGCGGCGUCGACAGUGCCGUAUGCGCCGCGCUGCUUCACAAGGCACUCAAAGCCGACCAGAUCAUCGCCGUGCACUUCGACAACGGCUUCAUGCGCCAGAACGAAUCGCUGCGCGUCGAAGAAUCACUGCGGAAGCUCGGCCUCAAUAUACGCGUCGUGAAUGCGGCGUGCGCGUUCUCCAGCGGCAGCACAGUGGUGCCCAUCGAUCGCAACGAGCAGAACUCGCGGACACGUAUCACAAAGAUGCUCUCGCAGACGGCGGAUCCGGAGGAGAAGCGUAAGAUUAUCGGUGAUGUAUUCGUCAAGAUCUCGGACGAUUUUCUCGCUGAGAUGAACCUGAAGGCCGAAGAGGUGCUGUUCGCGCAGGGCACACUUCGGCCGGAUCUCAUCGAAUCCGCCUCGAAGUUGGCGUCCAACAAGGCUGACGUCAUCAAGACCCAUCACAACGAUUCAGAGUUGAUUAGGAAACUACGCGCUGAGGGUCGUGUUAUUGAGCCUCUCAAAGAUUUCCACAAAGAUGAGGUACGUGCAUUAGGCCGUGAGCUAGGCUUGCCAAGGGAGCUAGUCAUGCGCCAUCCGUUUCCGGGCCCCGGGCUCGCAAUUCGCGUGUUGUGCGCGGAGGAACCAUACAUCGAGCGCGAUUUCUCCGAGACGCAGGUUCUCGUGAAGAUCAUCGUCGAGUUCGAGCAGAUGCAGCAGAAGAAGCAUGCCUUAUUGAAUCGUGUGGAAGGUGUCACAUCGGAGGACGAACGGAUAACCCUGCAGAGAAUAUCCAGCAAACAGAAGCUGGCGGCGACGCUGUUGCCGAUCCGCAGCGUUGGCGUGCAGGGCGAUUGUCGCUCCUACAACUACGUCUGCGGCAUCUCCAGCAAGAACGAGCCUGAUUGGGACGACAUCAUGUACCUAGCUAGAUUAAUACCUCGCAUCUGCCGCAACAUCAAUCGGGUGUGCUACAUCUUUGGCGGGCUGGUCAAGGAGACCAUUCCGGAUCUGACGCCGACGUAUCUUACCCCGAACGUCAUCUGCAGUCUGCGCCAUGCUGAUGAUGUCGCCACAACUGUGUUACAAAACGCUGGCCACAUGGACUCUGUAAGUCAGAUGCCGGUCGUCCUGCUGCCAAUCCACUUCGACCGGGAUCAGGCGUUGCGAAUACCAUCGUGCCAACGUUCGAUCGUUUUACGGCCUUUUGUCACACAAGACUUUAUGACUGGAGUACCUGCAGUACCAGGGAAACAUCUGCCUUUGGAGGUUGUACAAAAAAUGGCGAGUGACGUGCUGCUCGUCCCUGGCAUAUCCCGAGUACUCUACGACGUGACUUCGAAGCCGCCGGGUACCACGGAGUGGGAAUGAUUCGUGCGUGCAUCCAAUUAAACUAAAAGUCUCAAAAGAAUAACAUAAAAAAAAACAAAAAAGAAAAACCACACACACACACUACAUAUGUACACCGCGCAUCUUCCUCUACAAUACUUUACACUGAGCAAAACAAAUGACACACACCAUUAAAAAAAAAAGGAAACAUUUGCACACAGACAUGAAUAUCAUGAUAUAUUCCUAUGGUACGUCUGCAAUUCAGAUGAUUUAUAUCGACGUACACCCAAACACAGCGUAUUACAACAUCCCAACUGAUACGACUACCAACUAUCAUUACCAACUAUACAGGCGACGCAUUGCAAGCGAGCGGCGGGCACUUUGUGUCCACGGCUGGUUUGCAUUUCCUUAUCUUCAUUAUUAAUUAAUUACUAUUAUCACUUUGUUGACUGUUAAGUGAAUUGAUGCCACCCGAUCAUUUCCUUUAUUCGAUAUGAAUGUGUAAAUUCCGAUUUGGCGGAAAUAAAAUUUACUAAUGCACCGGCUCAAGUCAUUUUGCGGGGUGCGGCGCACGCUCGCACAGAUUGUAUGUAUUUGUAUAUGUCGGAACGAAGCGGCUCUUCGUUGUCUCUUAAGAAUUUUUUUUUUGUAUUUAACUUUAUUGUUAAAAAUUGUUUGUUCGCGAGGCAGGUAUCCUGUUCUGAUCAUUUCGCUUGUUCUAAAGUACUUGUAAAGUAAAUGAUAAAGAAGCAAACGUUCAUUUUCUGUACACCCACGUUGUUUUCGCAUCGCUAAACUGAAAUAAAACUCGAUUUUUGUUA